AUGGCUCGAUUUCGUUUCCGGCGCCUCCGAUUCCUCACCGUCUUCGUCGUCGUUGUCGCCGUCUUCGCCGUCUUCGCCAGUGGCGAAUCGGAGUCGGAGCGUGAAUUUUCGGUGACUGAUUUGGAUUGGAACCUCUUUCAUCAGGACUACUCGCCGCCCGCUCCGCCGCCGCCGCCACCACAUCCGCCUUCGGUGUCGUGCGUGGAUGAUCUUGGCGGAGUCGGGACUCUGGACACGACGUGUAAGAUCGUGAACGACGUGAACCUCACCCGCGAUGUGUACAUAGCAGGGAAGGGCAAUUUUAACAUCCUCCCUGGGGUGAGGUUCCACUGCGAGAUUUCUGGGUGCAUGGUAACCGUUAACGUCACUGGUAAUUUUAGUUUAGGUAGCAACUCGUCGAUUGUGACCGGGGCUUUUGAGUUGGAGGCGGAGAAUGCUGUUUUUGGGAAUGAGUCGGUGGUGAACACGACAGGUAUGGCGGGACAGCCUCCGCCUCAGACGAGCGGCACUCCGCAGGGGGUUGAUGGCGGGGGCGGGGGUCACGGCGGGAGGGGUGCCAGUUGUCUCGUCGACAUGACGAAGCUUCCGGAGGACGUUUGGGGAGGUGAUGCGUACUCCUGGGCCUCGCUGCAGAACCCUUACAGUUUUGGGAGCCGUGGAGGGUCGACGACCAAGGAGAGUGACUAUGGUGGGUUGGGAGGGGGGCUUGUGAGAUUGACUCUUAAUCAAAUUGUUGAGAUGAAUGCAAGUGUUUUGGCUGAUGGGGGCUCUGGAGGGACAAAGGGUGGAGGUGGCUCUGGAGGCAGCAUUUACAUCAAGGCUUACAGAAUGACUGGCAAUGGGAUUAUAAGUGCUUGUGGAGGUAAUGGUUUUGCUGGUGGUGGAGGUGGCAGGGUUUCAGUUGAUGUGUUCAGCAGGCAUGAUGAGCCCAGAAUAUAUGUACAUGGUGGUAGGAGCGUUGGCUGUCCUGAAAAUGCAGGUGCUGCUGGGACUCUUUAUGAUGCAGUCCCUCGAAGUCUUAUAGUUGAUAACUAUAACAUGACAACUGAUACAGAGACACUUCUCUUGGAAUUUCCAAAUCAACCCCUUUGGACUAAUGUAUAUGUUCGAAAUAGGGCUCGGGCCACAGUUCCAUUGCUUUGGAGUCGUGUACAGGUGCAAGGACAAAUAAGUAUAUUGCAGGGUGGGGUGUUGAGCUUUGGUCUACGACACUAUGCUACAUCAGAGUUCGAGUUAUUAGCUGAAGAACUUUUGAUGAGUGAUUCUGUAAUGAAGGUUUAUGGAGCUCUGCGCAUGUCUGUAAAAAUGUUCUUGAUGUGGAACUCAAAACUGCUCAUAGAUGGUGGGGAAGAUGUAACAGUGGCAACUUCUUUACUUGAGGCUAGUAAUUUGAUUGUUCUCAGGGGGGCUUCUGUGAUACACUCUAAUGCAAACCUUGGAGUUCAUGGACAAGGUCUGCUUAAUCUAUCAGGACCAGGAGAUUGGAUUGAAGCACAGCGUUUGGUUGGGCCUGGAUCUGUCUUGCGUGGUCCAUUGGAGAAUGCAACAAUUGAUGAUAUUACUCCAAAGCUUUAUUGUGACAAUGAAAAUUGUCCCUAUGAAUUAAUUCAUCCCCCUGAAGAUUGCAAUGUGAAUGCUUCCCUGUCUUUCACACUUCAGAUCUGCAGAGUCGAGGACAUCCUUGUUGAAGGCCUUAUAGAAGGUUCUGUUGUUCAUUUCCAUCGGGCAAGGACCAUAAGUGUUGAAUCUUCUGGAAUAAUAUCUGCCUCUGGAAUGGGCUGUACAGGUGGUUUGGGCCGUGGAAAUAUUCUAAGUAAUGGUAUUGGCAGUGGUGGUGGGCAUGGUGGUAAUGGUGGGGCUGCAUGGUAUAAUGGUAAUCAUGUUGAAGGUGGCAGUUCAUAUGGGGAUGCAAACCUACCCUGUGAACUUGGUAGUGGAAGUGGAAGUGGCAACUCUACUUAUAUCACUGCUGGGGGUGGUAUCAUAGUUGUUGGUUCGUUAGAACAUCCUUUGUCGAGUUUGUCCAUUCAAGGUUCUGUAACAGCUGAUGGAGAGAAUUUUGGAUCGGUAAUCAGAAAUGAAGGAUUCACAAGAUUUGACAAUUCUACUGGAGGUCCUGGGGGUGGAUCUGGUGGCACUAUACUACUGUUUCUCCAUACACUUACCAUUGGGCAAUCAGCUGUGCUUUCUAGUAUUGGGGGAUAUAGCAGUUCUAAUGGAAGUGGUGGUGGGGGUGGUGGAAGAAUUCAUUUUCAUUGGUCUGACAUUCCCACUGGUGAUGUUUAUCUGCCAAUUGCUAGUGUGGAAGGCGACAUUCAGAUCAGCAUAGAAGGACACUUCCAGUGGUCAUCACUCAUUUCAGAUCCUGAAAUGUUUGAGGUCUGUGAAUCUGUAGCAAACUUUGUUGGUGUGGUGGAGAUUCUUGUAUAUGCUAAUAAUGGUAAUGAUUCCCCUCCUUGGACAUGUGACAUGCUUGUCUUGGGAUUGGAAGGGAACUAUGUUUUCUAUCCUUGCCUUUUGUUUGUAUCAUCAUGGAAGUUUCAUAACUUUAUAAUUGUAUCUGCUUAUGAUAGGGGAGGAAAGGGUAUGGGCCAGGGUGGCUCUGGAUCUAAUGGGACAAUAACUGGGAAAGAUUGCCCCAAAGGCUUGUAUGGUACCUUUUGUGAGGAUGUUGAUUACAUUUCUGACACUGAUGUUCGGGAAUGUCCUGCUGGGACUUACAAAAAUGCUAGUGGAUCUGAUAAAUCUCUUUGUCGCCAUUGUCCUGUGAACGAGCUUCCUCAUCGUGCUGUUUAUAUUUCAGUCCGAGGUGGUAUUACUAAAACCCCUUGCCCUUACCAAUGUGUUUCGGACAGAUAUCAUAUGCCUGACUGUUAUACAGCUCUUGAAGAGUUAAUUUACACAUUUGGUGGGCCUUGGUUAUUUGGCCUUUUUCUCACGGGUCUCUUGAUCUUGUUGGCACUGGUGCUCAGUGUUGCUAGAAUGAAAUUUGUUGGGGUUGAUGAAUUACCAGGCCCUGCACCCACCCAACAUGGUUCUCAAAUAGAUCACUCCUUCCCUUUCCUUGAGUCACUAAAUGAGGUGAUGGAGACAACCAGAGUUGAGGAGUCCCAGAGUCAUGUUCACAGAAUGUACUUUAUGGGACCUAAUACUUUCAGUGAACCCUGGCAUCUACCACAUACAGCAUCAGAGCAAAUAAAGGAUGUCGUUUAUGAGGGUGAAUUCAAUACAUUUGUGGAUGAGAUUAAUGCUAUAGCUGCUUAUCAAUGGUGGGAGGGAGCAAUAUAUAGCGUUCUUUCUGUUCUUGCUUACCCACUUGCGUGGUCCUGGCAACAGUGGCACAGGAGAUUGAAGUUGCAACGAUUACGGGAGUUUGUUCGAUCAGAGUAUGAUCAUGCUUGCCUUCGGUCUUGCCGAUCACGAGCCCUCUAUGAAGGGAUCAAGUUUGUUUUUGUUCCAAUUUCAGACAUGGUGAAUGCAACUUCUGACCUGAUGCUGGCAUAUGUGGACUUCUUUCUUGGUGGGGAUGAAAAGAGGAUCGACCUUCCUCCUAGAUUACAUGAAAGGUUCCCAAUGUCAUUGCCUUUUGGAGGUGAUGGAAGUUAUAUGGCUCCAUUUUCCCUUCACAAUGAUAAUAUCCUUACCAGCCUCAUGAGUCAGUCAGUGCAACCUACAACCUGGUAUAGAUUGGUUGCUGGACUGAAUGCACAACUACGUUUGGUACGCCGGGGAAGACUACGAGUAACAUUUCGGCCUGUCCUUAAAUGGCUUGAGACUCAUGCCAAUCCUGCAUUGAGUGUCCAUGGUGUGCGUGUUGAACUUGCCUGGUUUCAGGCUACAAGUAGUGGGUAUUGCCACUAUGGGCUUAUGGUAUAUGCUCUUGAGAGUGGUCAUCCAGCCUCGGGAGGAAGUGCCGAUGGAGCUUUAAGAACUGAGGAAAGAUCAAGGGCUCAGAGUGUUAAAAAGGAACAUCCUUUUGGGUUUGCAAGAAGCAGAGCUCAUUUAAGCCCUGGUGGAAGAACAGAGGACAAUUAUAUGAGGCGACAAGUGCAUGGAGCUGCUAUAGAUAUAAACAAUUUGCAGAUGCUUGACGAGAAGAGAGAUAUCUUUUAUCUUCUCUCUUUCAUACUUCAGAAUACAAAACCUGUUGGGCAUCAGGAUCUUGUUGGUUUAGUAAUCUCAAUGUUGCUUCUAGGAGAUUUUAGUUUAGUAUUACUUACUCUGCUUCAGUUGUAUUCAAUUUCUUUGGUGGAUGUCUUCUUUGUGUUGUUUAUAUUACCUUUCGGCAUUCUUCUCCCAUUUCCUGUCGGAAUUAAUGCUCUCUUUAGUCACGGACCAAGGCGUUCUGCAGGCCUUGCACGUCUUUAUGCUCUGUGGAAUCUUACAUCCUACAUAAAUGUUGUUGUUGCAUUUCUUUGUGGAUAUAUACAUUACAACUCUCAAUCGUCUUCAAGUAAAAGACACCCGAGCAUUCAGCCAUGGAGUAUCAUGGACGAAAGUGAAUGGUGGAUUUUCCCUGCUGGAUUGGUUUUGUGUAAAUUGUUCCAGUCUCAACUCAUUAAUUGGCAUAUUGCCAAUCUGGAAAUUCAAGACCGAUCCUUGUAUAGUAACGAUUUUGAGCUGUUCUGGCAGUCAUGA